AUGGCGUCACUGGGAUCGGUUGCACCGGGGGGGACGGAGGCUGCAAGUCAGGGUGACUUACCGGCACGACCUCAACCGAAGGUGGCUGGCAAUGGCCGGACGUGGGCGGCAGUGGCGAAAGGAACGGCGAGGCCGCCGAUGUGGACCCAGGAUCAGAUCUCAGAGGUGGAAUUGGAGGCGCUGAAGCGACAGUUCACGGAUGUGGUGGAGAUACCGUCGGAGGAAGGGAAGCUGGCUAGAGCAGCGUGGAGGGACACUGCGGUGAUUGUGCGCAGUGUGGGCCGCCGGGUGCCAGUGGAGUGGAUUCGCCGGGAGCUGCGGAUGGUCGGAAAGCUCGAUUACGACGUCGAGGCCUUCCUGAUGGCAAACGAGAUCUUUGCCUUCUGCUUCCGGACGGAGAGUGAAAGGGAAGCUGUCAUGGAGGCAGGACCGUGGCUGGUGGCCGGCCAGUUACUUGCUAUGGAGCGGUGGCGACCGAACUUUGUUCCGGGAGAAAAGCAGCUCAGUCGGCUUGUGGUCAGGUUCAGGCUCCCCAAUCUGCUAAUGGAGUAUUGGACCAGAAGCUUGAUUCUGAGCAUUGCAGCAAAGGCUGGCCACCCUCUGGCCUUGGACAAGUUCACGGACCUUGGUCGGAUGCUAGGUUACGCACGAGUCAAAGUGGAGCUGGAUGCGAGGGAGCCGAUUUGGCCGGGGACCUUCAUCCGGUUAGGCACUGAUGUGCACUGGCAGACCUUCCGCUACGAAAAUCUACCGGCCUUCUGCUACCAAUGUGCUCGCCUUGGUCAUGGAGUGGACGCCUGCCCCUAUCAGCCAGAUUCGAUGGUGUCGGAAGCUCCGGGCGACCGCAGUGCUUAG